CGCGCGCGCGGAAUCGAAGCGAUUUAAUCGCUGAUUACAUGCUUCCUUCGCGAUUUGAGAUUCCUCAAAGAGGAAAAAUCCUGUUUGCACGAUCAACAGUCGCAACGGAAAUUGUUAAUUAAUUUUAGUCUAAAUUUUCUAAAUGCUGUAAUCCGUAUUAUGCUUUUAUUCUUCUGUGAGAAGUGUAUUAUUAUGUUUAUCUGUUAUAAAUAAAACGGCAUUUAACGAUAAAUAAAUUAAUGAUGACAAAGAAAUGUGGAAAAAUCAUAAAUCUUUUGUUCAUCGAAGUUUGUGUACUUUGGUGCGUGAAUAUUGAUCAAACUCUGUGGGUAAAUAAUCUUGUUUGAGUCCACAACUGCAGCAGGUAAACAUUCGUGAACCAUUCAAGAGGAAUCUUGUUAACUUUUAUGAUGGAAGACGUGCAGAAAGAAAUGACGAGAAGAAUCGUAAAUGAAUGUAAAGUAAAAGAGAUACAAGUAACUAAGGAUUUGGCCUCGUUUUUGCUUGAUCUGUAUCAAUUAAAUCCAAUGUAUCGAAUAAAACAACCCGAUGAGGAGAACAAUAUGAGAAUAAUUGAAACCAUAACAAAGAAACUGUGCGAUCAAAGUAGACCCAGUCUGGUAACUUUGAAAAGUCAAUUGUACUUCGCAAAGCAUUAUCAUGAAAGAGAUGAAACUGUCAAAAGGCAUCGAUUACGAUUGCAUAAAAAAACCGGGCCCUUGGUCGCUGAAAUUUGCGAAGCUAAUGAAUUGCAAAGUAAAAAGGACACAGAAAAGUUGUAUCAGAAAAUAUUAGCAGUGAUAAUACUUUUAAGCGGCCUGGGAAGUCCUACAGUCCCUUCAGUUUUAAGAGAAGUUUCGAUAGCGUUACAGAGCGUCUUUCAAGCUUCCGAGUUAACUCAUUACGUGACAUUGCCAAGGCGAGCAAAGGAGGAGCAGCUAAUGGAGCUGAUGUGCAUAGUUGCAGGAAUCCGUCUAUUUAACAGAGACUGCCAACGUGGCGGCGAAGGGAUUGACGAUUUACCGAGCAUCCUGCAAGAAGCUCUAACGAAGACCCGCACUUCCAUUCUGGAAUUGCUGGAGCCGCUGAUGGCCAGAGUAUACAAGCUCACAGCGUUCGUGGAAAACGCGAUUACAUCGCUCGACGGUUCAAAUGUCGCCUAUCACGCUUUGAAUGAAGAAGCAAUUGAUGCGGAUGAAAAACUCGAGUGGGCCUUGGAGAUGUUAGCGACUAACCGUCAACAAGAGAUUUAUAUCAGGAAGCUGCUGAAUGAUGUGGAAUGCAGCGAAAACGCAGUAAAAAGCUUGAUGGAACGUCUCCGAGGUCGACUCCACAAGUUGCACGAUACUGUUCGAUAUAGGACCGCUGUUCCUACUGCACAAGUUUACCCACAAUUUAUUGAUCUAGCGGAUAUAUGGAUGGGUUUGCAAGAUGAGGUGAUUAUUUUGAGCAGCGUAAACAAUUUCUUGUGGGAAUUGCAGAAUCUAAGCAAUAAGACUUUGAACGCUUACGAUCAAGAAAAGUUGGACGAAGUAGCCAAGGAUAUGGACAUUCUAACCGAUGCUGAAAGACUUGAACGUUCUAUGGGCGAUCUAAUAACUGAAUGUGGGGAAUGCUCAAUAUAUUAUCCAAACGUCAUCAAGGAUUUCGAGAAGAUUAAUUUAGAGUUUUUAGGAUUCUGUGCGUGGACAUUUGCCACGGGCAGGGGAGCUCUGAUACCAGGAAAUCCGAACAACGGUGUAGCCAAAUGGCGAGGAAAAUAUUACGUCUUCAAAUCGCCCCGAGCAGCUGCCAAGUUUGGAGAAAAUCCCGACAGGUACGUUUACGAAGCGUUGGAUUUCGUCCGCAAUCAUCCAGAAUAUGUGCACCUAUUUCAAAUACAGAAGGAAAUUGAAGCCAUGCAAAGUCAAGAAGAGCUAACGGAGCAAGGAUUGCAGCUAAAGAUUCGCCACAAUCAGAAAGUUCAAACGGACGUGCAUAUACUUCCGCCUUAUGUUGAUAAAGAUUACACGUCCAGCGUGUGGGAAUUGAAGCGAAGGGCGUUGCGUUUGGCAUGCAUAACUCGGUGCGCUACGCGUAGCACGCAGACGUUCAACUCACACUUUCGAUAUGGUGUUUACGUGCAAGCGGCUCCGCCUCAGGAUAAGGAAGUUCAAACCAGGCGAGAUAACUGUACAAACACAAAGAGUCUCAAGACAUUCAUAUUUGGGCUGCGAGGGAGGAGGGAUGACUGUCAGCACGUUGUAUCAUUCGUGGAAGAUGAACUUGGACACUCGUAAAUUUUAGUUCAACUACUCUGUACUACAAUGACUCUGUCAUUGAACACAUUAAACAAUCGCAUGAUCUUGUGUACGUUAAUGUUCUAACGAUGGCACGAAAUAUUGAUCAGAGUGAGUUUACGAAAUUGUAAUUAGAAAAUCACAUAUAUUUAUAGUGCAAUUAAUCAAUCGAGUGCACGGUAACGAUUAGAAAAUAACGUUAAAAGAUUGACUAGUAGACGAUAGUUGAAAAGGGUGCCAUAGGAAACGAUGAAAAUAAAUCACACGCAACUCACAAUUUAAAAAAAAAAUGAAAGCAAUACUUUUUAAUGACAUUUCCAAAUACAUUUCACGGAACAUUACAGUUUUUAAUCAUUUUCCUUCCAUUAAAAAAACGAACUGGCAUUAUAAUUUAUCACUUUAUGCGCAUAUUUUCUUUGCGUGUGUAAUGCUCUCGUUAUCGCAAACUGCAGUGAUACCUUUUCAUGUAGCUUUCCUCGUGACUUAGGCCAGCGUUUCUUCAAUUUAUAUUCAAAAUACACAAAUUUUACAUAUAUCGAAGCUCCGAGAGACGUAUGCGGUGUUAAGUUUCCGCACCUCAACUUCGUGAGCCUAUUUUCAUUUCCUACAUUUUAAUAUCGCGCAGUGAUCGCUGCACAAACUGUGACUUCAAUAUGCUUAUAUCAUACCUUCCAGUGAAUACAUCGUUUUACCAUUAAAUCUUAAACGUUAAGUUCAAUUUUUACACCAAGAAACCUAUAUUACGACAAUAAUUAGUAAUUACACGAUAAUACAAUUAAACUUUGCUUAAUUUUCAGUGUAUGAUGUAGCUAUUAUACAGAAGAGGUACAGGAUGUUGAUUUUUCGCAUAGUUUCUCUCUUCAUUUUUUCCGCAUUGUUUUUUUCAAACAUCAACGCGUUUUCUCUCCAUUUUCUAUCGGAAGCGAAAGUACUCGUUACUCUAUUACAUCCACUGUUCAUGGAUAAUCAAUCGUUGUAAUAUAAAAAAGAAAAACGUAAAAGGCUAUAGAAAUACCGUGCCGUUCGUGUUACGAUAGGACAGUCAUUAAAAUCGUUAAUAACAUA